AUGGCGCAUGCAAGAGCGCCAAAAAGCUUUGAUGUAGCGAUUACAAACACAACAACUACAAUUCCAGUCGAUUACGAUCGGGAGAAAUCACACCAAUCGCGAAAGCAACGAUUGGAACAUGGGAAAUCUCGGGAAGCCGAGCAGAAUUUACGGAAGGAUAUUGUUAAAAAGCAAAUCAUGGAAGCGUGUAUGGGCCUUAAGUUAGGUGAUUCUGAAAAAUUAGAAGACUUACCAGCAAUACCAAAUCUAUGUCAAUUGUUGAAGACACUUGCAGAACUCUCCGACGUGACGAUAGACAGUGACCUCAUGCAGGGUCCAAAAGACUUUUCAUGUCUUAUGCAAAUAUUAAAAAAACAUCGCUUCGGUUACAGCAACUUCGCCGAAUGUCGCGAAGUUCUAGCCCAACUUUUGAAAAUCUCGGGUUCACCAUACACGUCACAGUACCAAGCAGGACUUUUGAAAGAACUCAGCUACUUAUGGAACACGAAUCUUUCGAAAGCGAGCUACGAUAACGCAAUCAUAACCGCAAAACAGAGAGGCAUAUUUGUUCACAUCGAUGCACUGUUUUCAAAUGGCUUGAUAGAAGAUGCGAAGCUUAUUUUAGAGAAAUGUUUGCAUUGCAGUGAAGUGUCAGGAGACCAGUUGACAAUAGGUUACUCCCAACUGGCCGCGGCGAAAAUAUACUACAUGGAACAAAAGUACGAGCUAGCUCUGGCAGAGGAAGAAAAAUGUCUAGAAAUUGCCAAACGACUAAACGACAAACUCGUGGAAUGCGAAGCCACAUUACAAAUGGCGAGAAACCACUGUUACCUUUUUAACAUACAGAAAGCUUUAAAUCUCUUUUCCGAGGGGUUAAAAGUGGCUACAGAUUUAGGACAUCGUAAAAAGAUUAUGAAAACUAAAAUUAACCUAUCUUCCAUCUACACUUUAAUGGGGGAAUACAGAAAAUCCUAUCAAAUUAGCAAACAUUUAAGGAAGUAUGCGAGUUCAUAUGAAGACCAAGAGUUUGUGUAUACAGUUCUUUGCAACCUGUGCGUCAAUGCACUUCUUCUCAACGAAGAUAAAAAGUCCUUAAAGCUGGCCCGUAAAUCGUUGGCGGUGGCUGAGGAGUCUGGCGUAAAAAAGCAUAUUGCUUUAGCUCAUGGCAACAUAGGCCUGGCUCAGUUGAAAUUACAAGAUUUUGAUGAUGCACUCGAAAGUUUUGAGAAAUCUCUCAAACUAGGUGAAGAAAUUAAUGAUAACAGGAUUAUUAACAACAAUUAUUGUAAUCUUGGAAAAGCUUACGAGGGGAAAGGCGAUAAAAGCAUGGCUAGGAAGUACUAUCACAAGGCUCUCAACACGACUCAGCCACCUUCAUCUCAUUGGUGCGAUACCGAAGACUUUCGAUUCAGUCCAGACUACCUUCUUGGCAUGAUGGCAGUCAAAGAGAACGAGUAUCAAACUGCACAGAAAUUCUUUCAACAGGUUAUAGACCGAUGUGAAAAGUUUCGCAAGAGCGUUCAGGACACUCCAUUAAAGAUUUGUUUUAACGAUACACAGAAGAAACCUUUUCAGUAUUUGCAGCACGUGCUUUUAAGAGAAAAAGCCGAUGCAGAUGCACUGUUAGUCGGUGAGAUGGGCAGAGGAAGAGAUUUUUAUGAUAAGGUAAUAAAAGAAGAUCAAUCCAAGCAGCUAAAAACGCCGAAUGCUCUCUUAGAGUUAGCGAAAACAAACAAGCAAGCGAUACUCUUUUUAUCCAAACUGGACGUUGUCCAAGAAAUGAGAAUUUGGUUUAUUUCACCAAAUGGUGAAAUCUCUUCCUUCGAUCAAAAACUUCAUCGUUGGGAAAAGCCUCUUGAGGAUCUACGAAUUGUGUUUAAUCCACAUAUAAAUUAUAAAGAAAAGUCACUCCAGCAGACUAUCAAUGCACCGGGAUGCACAAUGGACCCAGGUAGCGAUGACACUGAAGUGUUGCACCCCUCAGAAAGUUGCCAUGCUCAUACAUUCCACCCAAACUGGCCAUACCAGAUUGAAAUUAGAGGCGUAGAAAACGAUGUAUUAAGUGGUCCUGAUUUCGAAUACGAAUCUGAAGAUGAUGAUUAUGAUGACAUCGAAGUUGGAGAGGAAAAUGAGACAAGCUGUGAUCAAUCUGGAGUUUCGUCUGAGAGUCAGGACAGUCAGAACACAUUAAACCAAAACCACCUACCCACCCGUGGACCAUCGAAGAUACCCGACUUCUCCAAAGUUAUUGACGAAUUCAGCAAGCUAAUUGUAGAACCAAUUGAAGGUCGUUUAGAAAACCUGUCUACCAAGAAUGGCCUUAAACCUCAACUGCUGAUCAUUCCACAAGGAGAAACGUUUAACAUACCAUAUUCAACGCUGCGUCUUAGUAAUGGCGAGCCGUUAUGUACAUUGGUGGCACCUCGGGAAGCGUUCUCUUUCCACUCUUAUUCCUACAGCAUGACACUCCAAGAAGGGGUGUCGCAGGUGACUGAGAUGAAGGACAUCCUCAUCGUUGGCAAUCCAACAAAAGACCUUCCAUUUGCUGAAAAAGAAGCCGAGAUGAUUGCAGAAAAGGCGGGAGUGUUACCGUUGUUGAGAGAGUCCGCCACCCGCAGUGAAGUUCUGCGCCGUAUUUCGAAAGCACCCAUAAUUCAUUUCGCGUGCCAUGGCGCGACCGAUGGGAAAAGCUUACAACUUGCUCCGGAACGUGUUAAAAACAACAGCGAAAUGGCAAGAGUGAGCUACCUUACUGUGGAAGAUCUCUCGAACGUGACCUUAUCGGCUAACAUGGUUGUUCUUAGUGCCUGCCACACUGCCCAGGGCAAAAUCAGUAGCGAAGGCGUGUUGGGACUUGCGCGUGCUUUUCUGAUGGCAGGAGCAAAGUCAGUGAUUACCUCACUGUGGGCAGUUGAUGACAAUGCCGCAGAGACAUUGAUGUUGAAGUUUUACAACAAUCUUUACAACGAGCCUGUCGUCAACGCCUUGGCAACCACCAUGUGUGAGAUGAAAGAAGAAAAAUUUGAAAUGGCUCAAUGGGGCGGUUUCAAAGUUCUUGGGGCAAACAUCAGAGUAUUUGCUAAUGAUUAAGCUGGAACGCGCUGGUGAUGAACUGUAUCAUAGACGGCGGUCCACACACAAAGACGGUCAUAGCGGAUGUAUUAAAGUUUCUUAACGUCU